UCAUUUAAGAAAUGCGGUGUCAGCUUGGCUUUUAAACAAGCGUGUCAUAACUAGGGCGCGAGAAUGAAUGCAUCGUUCUUGGUUGAAAGCCAGCGGUUGCUUGAGUGAGAUAUUACACACCGGCCGUUCCAGUCAUCGUACUUAGAAAAAAACCGUUGACUUGAAAGGUCAUCCGUCCCACUGUAAGGAGGAGUUAGUAGAGGGAGUUUGCUUGUGCAUCAUGUCAGAUCACAGCGCAGCAGCACGUCCGAUCAACGGGAGAAGGAGGGAUGUGUGAGGAGCAGUCCUUCAGGAACGCCAGUCUGAGAAGCACCAUUUCCACCAGGGUUCACUCAGGUAAUUUCUUGGAGAGAAUCAAUGAUCCAGUACAACUGCUCGUCUCCAGACUCGCUCUACGCCGCUGUGAACGCGUCAUGGUGCUCCAGCAGAGAGGACGAGUGUCUCAACAGAACAGGAAACCAGUCGGACCUCUGUCUGAGCCGCAGCGCUUACCUGGAAAAAUACUUGGGCCCGUGCCGCUCACCCUUCUUCCUGCCCAUGUGCAUCACCUACCUGCUCAUCUUUGUAGUCGGAGUGCUGGGCAACAGCCUGACUUGUAUCGUCAUCGCCCGUCACCGCGUGAUGCGCACAACCACGAACUACUACCUGUUCAGCCUGGCCAUUUCUGACCUCCUCGUGCUGCUGCUGGGCCUCCCGCUGGAGCUGUACGAACUCUGGAGCAACUAUCCUUUUCUGUUUGGCGUCGCUGGCUGUUACUUCAAAACCUGCCUGUUCGAGACGGUCUGCUUUGCGUCUGUGCUCAACGUGACCGCCUUGAGCGUGGAGCGCUACAGAGCGGUGGUGCAUCCUCUGCAGGCCAAACACGUGGCCACGCACGCUCACGCCAAGCGCGUUAUCCUCGUGCUCUGGGCCGUCUCGCUGUUGUGUGCCUUGCCCAAUACCAGUCUGCACGGCGUAGAGAUGCUGAAGCCCCGUUUUGGACUCGCUUUUCCCAAUUCGGGGGUUUGCACGGUGGUGCACGAGAGGUGGAUCUACAACUUGCUGGUGCAGGUGACGGCGCUGCUCUUCUUCAUCCUGCCCAUGCUGACCAUCACUGUGCUAUAUGUGCUGAUCGGGCUGCAGCUGCAUCGAGAACGGGACUGCUUCGAUUCAAAGACCGGCCUCAAUCAGGAGGGGGCAAAUCAGAGGGCACGUCAUCGGCAGGUCACAAAAAUGCUCUGUGCGUUGGUGGUUGUGUUUGGAAUCUGCUGGGCUCCGUUUCACAUCGACCGCGUCAUGUGGAGCUACAUCCAUGACUGGACGGCCGAGAACCUCCAUGUCUUUGAGUAUGUGCAUCUUCUUUCUGGUGUCUUCUUCUACUUGAGCUCAGUGGUCAAUCCCAUCCUGUAUAACCUCAUGUCUUCACGCUUCAGAGAAAUGUUCCGUGAGGUGGUGUGUCAAAAAGACCAUCGUCAGCUCUCAAUAAGUAAGGUCACAUUACGUAGUGUUGUCUCUGCCUCCUUUUCCGCCUCCAAUUCUGUCUCGUUUUCUGUGAAAUUCAACCCUCGCGGGCUGCCACACACUCUCUAGAGAAUAUCAGAGGAGUUAUUUUAUUCGCAUGUUAUCAUUCAUAACGAGUGCUCAUGUAAUCACGUUAAUAUUCAGAGAUACUGCAAAAUAUGCAAUAUGCACACACAUAUAUAUAUGUAUAUAUACAAACACAAUAUACACACUUCCAUUCAAACGUUUUGGGGUCGGUACAGUUUAUAAUAGUUCUUUAUGUAAAUCAGAAUGCAUAAUUCAGUAUACAGUAAAAACAGUAAAAUUGUGAAAAUAUCAUUUGAAAAAAAUGGAUACACUUUAUGUUAAGGUGUUGUUGUUACAGUGUAAUUAUACAUUUAUUACAUGUAAAAAUUAUCUACAUGUACCAGGGUUAGGAUUAGAGUUUUACUUGCAUGUAAUUAUGUAUUGUUAUAAUAAUCGUAAGUUUGUGUGUAUUAAGGACAACGUAAAAUAAGCAUAAUUUAAAAUAUAUAAUAUAUUUCUGUAACAUAAAGCCGAAUCUUCAGCAUGAUUACUCACAUGAUCCUUCAGAAAUCAUUUUAAUAUGCUGAUUUGAUGCUCAAGAAACAUUUCUGAUUACGACUGAUGAAAACUGUUGAGCAGCUUCAUAUUUUUUUGGAAACUGUUAUACUUUUCCAUUGACGAAGAACAGCAUCUUUCAAUAGAAACGGUAAUACACAUGUCUUUAAAGUCUCUUUUGAUCCAUUUAACGCAUCCUUGCUGAAGAAAAGUACCAUUUUGUUUUAAAAACAGACCCAAGAUAUUUGAACAGUAGUAUCUUGUCCUUUGAUAUCAGAAUAUCACACAACAGCAUCAUUUCAAAUCUCCUGUAAAACACAUUUUCUUGUAUUGCUCAGUUUUUAAUCAGUCUAUAUAUAAUCGAUGUUUUACUUUACACGUAAUCGGAUACAAGCUCAUCAGAAGCCUUUCUUUAAAAUAAAAUAAUACUAAAGUAACAUAUGUUUUCCACAGAUACCGGAAACAAAUAAGUAUUUUAUAAGUGUCACAGCUUUAAGGGCAAUGUUGUGUCUGGCUCCAGGACCUUCCUCCUUUCAAUCUGUUCUGUUUCUCCUCAUACUGUCCUGUCUGAUAGAAGCCCAAACAUAUGUCUUUGAAAGAAAACGGUCAGUUAGUUCGUAUAUCUCUUCUCCGCCAAUGUAACCAGUUCCAUAAGAAGCCAAAGCGUCGAGUUUUAUGGGUUACCGAGCCACACACGGACUGAAAGAGGGACUGGAACAACGUCUGAAACACUGAUGCUCCGGCAGUAAAACAGUGAAGCAGCGCACAUGAGCCAGAUGGACUGGAACUGUUAUAAUGAAGGAAUUUCAACGCUGAUACCUACUGUAUACAUACAAAAUGCCAUGAGAUGCAAAAAGUAUUUCAUUUUUUUGGAAAAUGAUAGUAAAUCGUUUUACUUAUACUCGCCAAGACAGCAUUUAUUUGAUCAAAAAUACAGUAAAAUAAUCAAAAAUACUGUGAAACAUUAUUAUUUUUUUAGUUUACGCAUUCAAAGCUGAAUUUUCAGCAUCAUCGCCGUCGCGCGCUUCAUUUUCAAACGCAAAAAACAAAUCAAAUUCUAAAAGUAGUAACGCAGUUAGACGCGUAACGAGCGUCUUUACUGUAACGAUCAAUUAAAUGCAUCCUUUAAAACAACUAGAACUGCAAAAAAUGCUUGUGUAUGACGCAGAGCACUGACAGAGCACUGUUUCCAGGAAUCAGGAAAGCUUCGCGUCGUUCUCACAGACUGCAAGAUCUACUGUAGUGACGCCAAUUUUCGUUAUUUACUGGUGCGAUGAGCUUCUGUUAGAUACGUAUGCAUUAUACAUGUUGCACGUGUUUAAAAAGUACGCAUAUAAAUAAAGGGUUUGCUAACGAUGUCUUGGGGAUAGUCUUGCUGUGUUGAUUCGUAAGCGGUGUUUCUUGCUCGAGGCCGGAAUGCUGAUAACAGAUCUCUCAAACUCUAGUUUAUUAGUCUCCUCCACCUGUGUACCAUCUUUAUCUAUCCGUUUCUUCCCUACGUGACGCAGAGCAAUACAUCAUCUGUCAGAACCAAGAUUAUAAAACGCGCUUGCCUUUCGCUGCUUAUACCAUGGCACUCUGACAUAAUAUGCUGAACAAUGUAUAUAUUUACAUAUUAUUCUGAGCAAAUGUAAAUAUUCCCGAUAGCCAGAUCUGCAAAACAAGUACAGUAUACUUUGAAUAAUUUGUCAUUACAGUGAACGCCUUCUGUUGGUUGUUGUGUUCUUGUUUUUAAAGGCUUUUACAAUUAUUCGUGCUUAAAUAUUUUACCGAAUGUUGAACACUUUCAAUGUAAUAUGCAUCUUUACGUCGAAACAAAUGCAUUAUCCAUUAAACAGAACGGAAAUAUC